CCAAGAGAGAUCUCUUUCGCGCUCCUCGCGAUAUUCCCGGCACCUCGAAUCCCACGUGCCAGUGCACCGGACGGGCCCUGGAGGCCCGCGGGGCGCGGGGUUCGGGCCCAGGGCUGCGGCGCCGGUGCCCUGCGGAGCGAGCGUGGUUUCCGCGCUGACCUGCUCGGCCCGACGCCCUCAGCCCAGGGGCUUCGCGGCGGGCCCGGCUAUGGAGCCCCCCGAGCCCGCCGAGGUGCGCAUGAGCCAGGCCAUCCAGCCCGCGCACGCCAACCCGCGCGGCGAGCUGAGCGCGGGGCAGCUUCUCAAGUGGAUCGACGCCACCGCCUGCCUGGCUGCUGAAAAGCAUGCUGGGAUUUCCUGUGUUACAGCCUCAGUGGAUGACAUACAAUUUGAGGAGACAGCUAGAGUUGGACAAGUGAUAACCAUCAAAGCGAAAGUUACCAGAGCGUUCAGCACAAGCAUGGAGAUCAGCAUCAAGGUGAUAGUACAGGACAUGCUCACUGGUAUUGAGAAACUUGUUAGUGUGGCUUUCUCUACAUUUGUAGCCAAACCAGUUGGAAAAGAAAAGAUUCAUUUAAAACCAGUCACACUUCUGACUGAGCAAGAUCAUGUGGAACAUAAUCUGGCUUCAGAGAGAAGGAAAGUUCGAUUACAUCAUGAAGAUACCUUUAAAAACUUGAUGAAAGAAAAUAACGAGUUUGAUGAUCCCAUUUGUGAUGAAGAGGAAGGAAUGGUUUCUACAGGUGGCACCGCUGUUCAGAGCAUUGAACUUGUCCUCCCACCCCAUGCAAACCAUCAUGGAAAUACAUUUGGUGGCCAAAUUAUGGCUUGGAUGGAGAGUCUGGCUACUAUUUCUGCAAGCCGCCUCUGUAGGGCACACCCCCUCCUAAAGUCCGUGGACAUGUUUAAGUUUCGGGGACCAUCUGCUGUUGGAGAUCGUCUUGUUUUCAAUGCCAUUGUCAACAAUACAUUUCAGACCUGUGUUGAAGUGGGAGUGCGCGUGGAAGCCUUUGACUGUCAGGAGUGGUCUAAGGGCCAAGGCCGUCACAUCAACAGUGCUUUUCUCAUUUAUAAUGCUGUCAAUGAUAAGGAAGAAAUGGUCACAUUUCCCAGAAUCAAACCCAUAUCAAAGGAUGAUUUUAGACGGUAUCGUGGAGCUAUUGCACGCAAGAGAAUUCGCCUAGGCAGAAAAUAUGUUACUUCCCACAAAGAAGAAGUGCCAGUUUGUGUACAAUGGGACAUGAGCAACCAGGUAUCCCUGAGUAAUGCCAAUGUGGAGGCUCUCAAAAAUCUGGCAGCCAAGAGUGGCUGGGAGGUUACCAGUGCUGUGGAAAAGAUAAAAAUAUAUACCCUGGAAGAGCAUGACCUUUUAUCUGUUUGGGUUGAAAAGCAUGUGGAAAGACCAGCACACUUGACUUACCAUCUCCUGUCUGACUUUACCAAGAGACCUUUGUGGGACCCUCAUUUCGUGUCCUGUGAAGUCAUAAACUGGGUGAGUGAAGGUGAUCAGAUAUAUUAUAUCACUUGUCCUAUAGUGAAUGGUGACAAACCCAAAGACUUGGUAGUACUUGUAUCACGAAGAAGGCCUCUCAAAGAUGGUAGCACUUACACGGUAGCAGUGAAAUCGGUUCUUCUGCCUUCAGUCCCCCCUUGUCCACACUACAUCAGAAGUGAAAUCAUAUGUGCUGGAUUUCUCAUCCGUGCUAUUGACAGCAGCUCCUGUACCGUAUCAUACUUCAACCAGAUUUCUGCUAGCAUCUCUCCUUACUUUGCUGGAAAUCUUGGUGGCUGGUCAAAAUCCAUAGAAGAGACAGCAGCCUCUUGUAUAAAAUUCAUAGAGAAUGCUACUGAUGGUGGGUUGAUAAACACAUUUUAAAUGGUAAA